AUGCAGAGCCCGGAGGACAGAGCAGAGGAGAGGGGAGGGACUAUGUGGAGAGAGUCGGUGUGUUUGUGGAGAGUGUGGAUGCAGCUCUGGAGGAUGGAGUGUUUGGUUGUGUCUCUUCAAAGCCAAGGUCGAGGAGAGACGCGUGGAAAGGCGCAGGAAUGGAUGGACCGGGGGGGGGCUGGGUGGGGGGGCAGAGAGAGGAGAGGGGGGGGGGGGGGGUCUCUCAAAUCUGCCACAUACACCUGUCUGUGCCAAUCACGUGUCAGAGCCGAGCUUGAUCUACCACAGCCUGUCUUUACCGAGCUCCACUUCUGCCAAGAGGACGUUCACUUGAAAACACGGUGGACGGAUCUCGACAGCAGCAAGACGGACGUGGAAAUGAUGGAUAAGACGUGGGGCUGUGAUGUCGGGACGCACUCAAAGGCUUGA